CAAUAAAGCUACUGGAUGCAGUCCCAGGACACAAAGAGUGACUCGCGUUGAUCUGACAGGCACUCUCUCCGCUCCGAUUCCUGCACUCACGCAACCUGCUGCGUUUUUGUGAGGACUUCCAGUCAAGUAGCUGUGAUGAAGGGAGACAAGUCCCUGUCAGUUCAGUGAAGUAAAUCUGCAGGACUAAUGAAUGAAAAUAACUCAUUACAUGCAACGGAGGCAGACGGAAACAGAACACAUCGUUACUUUUGCAGGUUCCUGUCCUGCUGUAUCUCUCAGAACAUAAUGGUGGCUUUUAAAGGGAUCUGGACCAAGGAAUUCUGGAGGGCUGUUUCUGGAGAAUACCUGGCCUCUGUCAUCUUUGUCCUCCUCGGUUUGGGCUCCACUAUUAACUGGGCUGCAGGGGAGGAGAAACCUCCCCCAGCUGACUUGGUCCUCAUCUCCUUGUGCUUUGGUCUCAGCAUAGCCACUAUGGUGCAGUGUUUUGGCCACAUAAGUGGCGGGCACAUCAAUCCCGCUGUCACAGCAGCCAUGGUUGUGACCAGAAAGCUGAGCCUGGCAAAGGCUCUGUUCUAUGUGGCAGCUCAAUGCCUGGGAGCUAUAACUGGAGCCGGGAUUUUGUACCUAGUAACACCUGACACUGUUAGAGGAUCCCUUGGUGUGACCAAGGUGAACACUAAUGUUGCUUUGGGAAAUGCCCUUCUUGUGGAGCUCCUCAUCACCUUUGAGCUGGUCUUCACCAUCUUUGCCACCUGUGAUUCCAAGCGUACAGAUCUGAGUGGAUCUCCAAGCUUGGCCAUUGGACUAGCAGUGGCUAUAGGCCAUUUAUUUGGAAUUCCUUAUACCGGAGCCAGCAUGAACCCCGCUCGCUCUUUUGGGCCAGCCGUGGUCACACUUAACUUUGAGAACCAUUGGGUGUAUUGGCUAGGUCCCAUUCUUGGAGGGCUGCUGGCUGCAGGUUUUUAUGAGUACCUGUACUGCCCCGACCCUGAGAUAAAGAAGAGAAUGCAGCAAAUCUUCAAGAAGACCCCAUCAGGGACUUACAAAGAAGUGGAAACUGAAGACCUUGGAGUCAAGUCUGUCUCCGGACACAACAUCGAUCUGGAAAAAGCGGAGAAAAAAGAGCUGUUCCAUGACUCAACGGGAGAAGUGCUGUCUUCGGUAUGACUAUCACAUGCACUGGAGAUGGAGACCAACUUGUAGUGAAAAGAGACAACCUUUGGAGCAGAGCAUGUUUGUUAUUUUUUAUUUUUUUGUCUGUGUCAAAUCUGUACAACAUUUAAUCCAGACAAAAUCUCCUCAUGGCUCUCUGAGAACAAGUCUGUGCAUUAUUCUAUAUCAUGUAGGACGGCAGACUGGUAUUAAGAAAUAUGUGUGGGGUCAACCAAUUACAUGGGGUCAUCACUCUGAAUUGGAGACGUGAAGAAGAAGAGAACGUAGCCUUGUUAAUUUGGGAUUAGUGUCACAUUUAGUCUGCCUUCUGUGCAUGUGUUAGAAAGAAAAAUUGUCCAUGUGAUCAUUAAGCACAGUAUACAUCCCAAGAAAUGUAAGACAGCUCUGACAAGCUGUGAUAACACAGUUGUAUGGCAGCAUUCUCCAUUUUCAGUGCAUCAGCGAGGCCAUUAAUUUAAUGCAAACUCUGCUGUUUAUGCCUUUCAUUGGGAUCCAAUCACUCCUUUAUAGCUGUACAGUCUUUGCUUUAUUCCACUUUAGCAAUGUUAAUUUAGAAUUUUUAACACAUUUUCACAGAUAUUUUGUAAUGUUCUUUACACUUUCUUCAAGUAUUUAAUUUUUUUUUUUUUUCCAUUAGGACUAUGUCUUAUUUCUUGUUUGGACAGAUUAGAAAUUAGAUGCUAGUUUUCUUCUUUGUGUCUGCAUGUUCUAAAAUGCAUCAACAGAAGAGCUUUAGAUUUUCUCUGCAACAUAAAAUGCAUCGUAAAAAAUAUUCUUUUUGUUGUUGUUUUGUUUUGACUGUGAAACAACAGGCAGAUUUAUACUGAUGAUGGGCUAGGUAUUUUACAUCUGGAUUUAUAUUAAUUAUUUUCAAAAAAAUAACUAAUUCUGGAUAGUAACAUAGUGGAAAAUUUUACUUUAGAAAUAAAAGGUAAUCUGUAAAAGAAUGUUUACACUUUAUGUCUUUCACAAUACCUCUAUAUUGUUUUCUGUGAAAGAUUCUACUGCAAGCUGUAUGCUUAAUGUUUUCAAGGCUUGAGUGCUAUAAUUUAGACGCUAAAUCAACAUUGUGUUUAUACCCACACAGACUAUAUUCUGUCUGACACACCACCUUUUGUGCGCUCUCACAUGUAGCAACUGCCUCGCCUGCUGGCCAAAGAGUGAAUCUCCUGCAUUAAUAAAGAGAUUUCCUUGUUUGGUUUCAUCCAGACGAGGGCAGCCGUGAGCCUCAGAUGUGAAGAUUUAGGCCUGGGUGGACAAAUGUCAGUUUUUUUUUUUUCAUAAGCCUUGGUGUGGUAAUUCAAUUUGAAAUUUAACCAGGUCAUUAAUUCAGUGUGGCAUUGCCUCAAUUUGCUAUUAAAUAAAGAGUUGUAAAUACA